AUGCGACGUGAAGAGCGAGUCGAUCACAUCCGACGCCGGGAAGAGGUGCCGCACGAGGUGAGGCGCCACGCGGCUCGAGACGGCAAAGGCGUGCGAGCAGUAGCCAGGCGCCAGCCCGCGGAGCAGCUCAUUCUCCUCCCCUCUCUCGGCAGUGAGAGCCUUCCGCUCUUCAGCGCCAUCGAGGCAGUGCACGUGAAGGACGCGGUGUCGGGCGCGCUCUCGUCGAUGGAGAGCGAGUUCGAGUCGCUCGAAUCGCGUUUGCAGCAGAGCGGCGAUGUCUCGUACUCAGCGGUUAUUGAGGAGCUGGAGAAGCUCGAGGCGCCGGUCGAGUACUCGUGGGGCGUGGUGAACCACCUGAUGGGCGUGAAGAACAGCGACGAGCUGCGCGCGGCGCACGGCGAGGUGCAGGGCGAGGUCGUCAAGACGACCACCAAGCUGUCUCAGUCAGAGGCGGUCUUCAAGGCGCUCGAGGCGCUCGAGAAGGACGGCUCGCUCGAGCCGGCGCAGCAGCGGAUCGUGCAGAGCUCGCUGUCGUCGAUGCGCCUCUCGGGCGUCGGCCUGCAGGGCGAGGAGAAGGAGCGCUUCAACGCCAACCGCAUCCGGCUCUCCGAGCUUUCCACCGCCUUCUCCAACAACCUGCUCGACGCGACCAAGGCCUUCUCCCUCACCCUCACCGAGCCGGCGCAGGUGGACGGGCUGCCGCCGUCGGCGCUCGCGCUCGCCGCGUCGCGCGCGGCGGAGGAGGGGGAGGAGGGCGCGACGGCGGAGAGCGGGCCGUGGCGGCUCGGGCUCGACAUGCCGUCCUACUUGCCUGCGAUGAAGUUCCUGCGCGACCGAUCGGUGCGCGAGGCGCUGUACCGCGCCUUUGUGACCCGCGCGGGCGAGGUGAACGCGCCGCUCAUCCGGCAGAUUCUGCAGAUCAAGCAGGAGCAGGCGUCCAUCCUCGGCUUCGGCAGCUACGCCGAGGUGAGCAUCGAGCGCAAGAUGGCGCCGUCGGUCGAGGCCGUCUACGACCUCACAGAGAUGCUUCUCGCCAAGGCCUAUCCCGCCGCGCAAAAGGAGCUGCAGCAGCUGACCGAGUUUGCAACCGCAAACGGCUUCGACGGCGCGGCGCUCGCGCUGUGGGACGUCUCCUUCUGGUCGGAGCGCCUCUCGGAGCACACCUUUGGCUUCGAGCAGGAUCGCCCCCUUGCCCCACCACCUCGUGAGGAGCUGCGGCCGUACUUUGCGCUGGACAACGUCCUCGACGGCCUGUUCGGGCUCUGCAGGCGGCUGUACGGCGUCGAGAUUGUCCGCUCCGACGGCGAGGCGGAGGUGUGGCACGCGGAUGUCGGCUUCUUCAAGGUGCUCGACGAGGCGAGCGGUGAGCACCUCGCCUCCUUCUUCCUCGACCCGUACGCGCGGCCAGAGAACAAGCGCGGCGGCGCGUGGAUGGGCGUCUGUGUCGGCAGGUCAAAGGUGCUCGACCGCAAGCCGGUGGCGUACCUGACGUGCAACGGCUCGCCGCCGGUGGACGGCAAGCCGUCGCUCAUGACCUUCGACGAAGUCACGACGCUCUUCCACGAGACGGGUCACGGGCUGCAGCACAUGCUGACCAAGGUGGCGCACGCGCCGGCGGCCGGCAUCUCCGGCGUCGAGUGGGACGCCGUCGAGCUGCCGUCGCAGUUCAUGGAGAACUGGUGCUAUGAUCCGGCGACCGUGUACGAUGCGGGCAUGGCGAAGCACUAUGAAACGGGCGAGCCUCUGCCGCGGGAUCUCUUCGGCAAGCUCUGUGAGCAGAGGACGUUCCAGGCGGGCAUGGGCAUGAUCCGCCAGCUCAUGUUUGGAGCGCUCGACAUGCGCCUCCACCACACGUACGACCCGCGCGGCGAGCAGACGCCGUUCGAGCUCCAGCACGAGCUCGCCGAGCGCUACGCGGUCCUGCCGCCGCUGCCCGACGACCGCUUCCUCUGCUCGUUUGGCCACAUCUUCGCGGGCGGGUACAGCGCGGGCUACUACUCGUACAAGUGGGCCGAGGUGCUCUCCGCCGACGCUUUCGCCGCCUUCGAGGAGGCCGGCCUCGACGACGAGCAAGCGGUGCGCGAAGUCGGCCGCCGCUUCCGCGACACGGUGCUCGCGCUCGGCGGAGGCACCGCCCCAUCGGACGUCUUCCGCGCCUUCCGCGGCCGCGACCCGAGCCCCGAGCCGCUGUUGCGCCACUCUGGCCUCGCGUGA